AUGAGCGUCAGUGCACUGGAGGUUAAAUUGGGACGUCCUCGUGUUCGCCUCGCAGCUUCUGGAAGGCUGUGCAACAGAAGCGCUCAAGCCUCGUUUCUGAUCAACCUCACCGUCCUAACUCCCAUGUUCAUUAUUUUAUGGAAUACAGGUGAUUGCCGCUUCACAGCUCGUCUUUUCAAAGAGAUUUUUGUGCAGGUCUGCUUGUACAUCAAUACAAGCGCACCUCAGGCAGCACUUCUCGGUGCCUAUAAAGGGUCUAAGAGACCCGUUCUUGCUCUUGUAUUCCUUCCCGCGCCUCCAGCACCUCCCUGUGCACCUCCAGCACCUCCCUGCACGCCUCCAUUAACCCUCCCGGCUCUUGUCUACACUGUCCGUCGUUUUAUUUUCACAAGACAAAAAAAUCUCAAUUCUCCGAACAAGCGGAACAUCAAUGUAGACCCAUACAUUAGGAUGUGGAAAAGUCUUCCUGCCACCCUCCUCAUCUCUUGGCACCUCAUUGUCCUCCUCCUGCGCACAUCGUUACCCUCCGCUCGGCACCUUGUUGCCCUCCUCUUGGCACCUUGUUGCCCUCCUCAGCACCUUGUUGCCCUCCUCUCGGCACCUCUUUGCCCUCCUCAGCACCUCGUUGCCCUCCUCUCGGCACCUUGUUGCCCUCCUCCUGCGUACAUCGUUACCCUCCGCUCAGGCACCUCGUUGCCCUGCUCUCAGCACCUCGGCAGACCAAGUAUCAUCCUCCACCCUGGGGGCUUGGGAAACAUUUUGUCAGUCCCCUGCAAGUCUCGAGACAAGAGAAAAACCCAAACCUUUGUCAAUAUCCCUGGCGCGGAUGUCAGACGCCAUCAGCUUGCCCUACGCAUGCAAGCACUCAUCAAUCCAACCUCACCAGAUGCCACUGUUGCUGCUGCACUCGAUUCCAGCAGUUCUAAUGCUGAUGUGACCAUGGACAUAUCGAACGAUGACAACGAAUGGGUAUAUGAAUCAGGCCACAAUACACCUGAACCUCAUCUACCCUCUCCGAGUCAGUGUGACAUAUCAAUUGAACCCCAGCGCCGCACCCUUCCUGACAAGGCAUCCCGCAAGCUCUAUGGAACUUGGACAGGGAAUUAUCCCCACCCUAAUCGAACCUCUCUUGACAUAUCUUGCAAGAACUGUCGGACAGCCGCUUAA